GUCGGAACGAUGUGGAAGGUCGUCCUCGCUGCAGCCGCCACCGCCGCCGCCGCCAACCUCUGCGAUUCCUGCAAUGGCAACGGAGUCUGCAGCACUGCAACCCGCCGCUGCUCGUGUUUUGCUGGGUACACGGGGCCGCGCUGCGAAUACGUCGCUUGCCCAACGGGCAAUGCGUGGUGGGACUUUGCGUCGGCAGUCGAUACGGCCCACGCACCGGCAACGUGCUCUAACAUGGGCCUCUGCUCGUCGACGACUGGUGUCUGCACGUGCAAUGCAGGCUUUACGGGCGCCGCGUGCGAAUUCAUGGCUUGCCCAGCGUGCCAAAGUGGUCACUGUAUCUCGAUGCGCGACGCCGCGGCCGCCAAUGAUGGCAUCAACUUCUUCACGUCGACGUCCUACAGUCUCUGGGACGCCGACAAGAUAUUUGGGUGCCAGUGCAGCUACGGGUACACUGGCUACGAUUGCUCGCAGCGGACGUGUCCUGCUGGUGACGAUCCGCUCACGACGACAGGCCAGUCGCCCGAGGUACAACUGCUCAACUGCCUCUGCAACGGGUGCACCGGAUACUUUGCGCUGUACUAUCAAGGCUUCUUGACGGCCAACAUCGCACCGUCGGCGACGGUGACACAGCUGGCCGACGCGCUGCUGGCGCUGACAUCAAUACACGGAAUCACUGUCACGUUUUCGUCGGGCACCACUGUGUGCUCGCCGACGGGGACGACGGCAUCGAUCACGUUUACCAAAAACGGGGGGAGCCUGCCGCUGAUCCAGAUUCGCAGUGUGCUGUCCGGUACAAACGUUAUCACGCUCGGCUCCAAGGGCGAGGUCGGGACGUAUGGAGGGACGUCCGCUGCGGGCACCACCGAGGGUCUUCCGUGCUCGGGGCGCGGUGACUGUAACCCAGCGACUGGCAUCUGCACUUGUGUUCCUGGGUUUUCGAGCAGUGACGGUGCCGGCAACGCAGGCAAGUUGGGUGACUGUGGCUUUAACACUGCUGUUCCUUCUUGCCCCAUGGUCCUCGGAAAAAUCUGCAACAACCAAGGCUCAUGUGACGCCACCACGCAAUACCGCUGUGCGUGCAACCCGCCGUACACGGGGGCAUAUUGUACCAACUUGCUCUGUCCAACGGGCGCUGCGUGGUUUGACGGUGCAUCGGCGACCAACACGGCCCACGCGGUCGCUCCGUGCUCGAAUCGGGGCAUAUGCAAUCCCUCGACAGGCACGUGUACAUGCCAAGCUGGUUUUACGGGCGCCGCCUGUGACCUGCUCGCGUGUCCCGGGUCGCCCGCGUGCAGUGGUCAAGGGUCGUGCAAGACGAUGCAACAAUUAGCAGCACUUUCAUCGUCCAACGGGGUGCUCAUCGGAGCAACGUACGGCACCAUCCCCAACUACGCCCCGACGUGGGACUACAACAAAAUCCAAGGCUGCUACUGCCAAAAAAAUUUCUACAUGGGCCCGUACGUCGGUGCUGUAAAUGACUUUCAAGCCUACGACUGCUCGGCCCGUUCAUGCGCGUUUGGUGACGAUCCGUAUCUCUCGGGAACCGUCGACGAGCAGCAACAAAUAUCGUGCACGGCUGACGGUGGUACAUUUACGCUGUCGUUUCGACAGCUUACAACAAGCGCCAUCUCAGCAAUGGCACCGGUCUCCACCGUGCAGACGGCCCUGCAAGCUCUCGCAUCCGUCGUUUCGGCUACAGUGACUUUUGGUGGUGGCGCCACGACGGUUUGCAGUGCCACUGGAGUUGUUACAACAGUUCGAUUUACGUAUGCUCAAGGAAAUUUGCCGCCGCUGAUCGCGUCCGUCAGCGGCCUGACGCUGUCGACGGGGACACCGACGAUUACUGUGACCGAGACAAUUCCGGGCACAAAGGCGAACCUCGAAUGCUCGGGUCGUGGCGUCUGCGAUCGGACUCUCGGACGCUGCAACUGCUACGACUACUUUUUGAGCUCGGAUGGUUAUGGCAACGUGGGCACGCGAGGUGAUUGUGGGUAUCUCACGCCGUACAGCACCUUGUCGACGACGAUCACGACGAUCACGACAACAACGACAACAACCUCAACGAUGUAGCGCGUGAGAGUACAUAUAACCUUCUAACAAUGUGCGCAUGAGACGUUGACAAUGCAAA